GAACAAGAGAAAAACUCGUUGUCGAUUUUAAGGACAAUUCCGAAAAGUUCUUUAAAAAAUAUUAUAUAUAUACACAUAUGUAUAUUCUAUAUACUGUGAGAAAUCGGUGAGAGUGCAUAACGUAGAAUUUAAAGAGCAUAAAUUGAGUUUCCAAAGACAAAUUUAAACGAGGAAUAUGAUUGUGGAAAAAGUGCUGGAACGUGCCACCAAAUCGGAGCUGUGCAGCGCUUUGGCCCUGUUGGUGCUCUCGCUGAGCAUCUAUGCCUUCUACACACAGCUUCUCUCCUAUCUGAAGUCAGUGCUACUGUCGCUGCGUCUGUCCGGGCCGCCAUCGCUGCCCUUUCUGGGCAACUGUCUGCUGAUCAACGAGAAGGAUCUUAUGCGCAAACGCGCUGCGCGGGCCUUUGAUCUGUACGGCUCGCUGGUGCGGAUUUGGGUGCUGCUGUUUCCGUUCUUUGUGGUGCUGCAGCCGGAAGAUCUGCAGGUGAUACUCUCCUCCAAGAAACACACGAACAAGGUGUUCUUCUAUCGGCUCAUGCACAACUUUCUGGGCAACGGGCUGAUCACGAGCAGCGGGGUCAAGUGGAGCACGCAUCGCAAGCUCAUCCAGCCGGCAUUCCAUCUGAGCCUGUUGGAGAAGUUCAUAGACACCUUCGUGGAUGCAUCGCAGUCGUUGAACGAGCAUCUGGAUGCCUCGGCGCUGGACAUCGAGAUCAACAUUGCCAAAUAUGUCAACAACUGUGUCAUCGAUGUGCUAAAUGAGGCUGUGCUGGGCGUGCCCAUCAAGAAGAAGGGCCUGGGCCUGAUGGAGGACUCGCCGUUUCGCAAGGGCAAACUGAUGAUGCCCGCCCGCUUCGCCCAGCCCUGGCUGCUGCUCGAUGCCAUCUAUCAGCUGACCUCGCUGGCCAGCGAUGAGCUGAAUCAGAAGAAGCGUCUCAAUGAUUUUACGCGCCAGAUGAUCAAGCGCCGGCGCGAGAUUAUGGCCGAUGCCGCCAACAACAAUGUGGAGCGCAAGUGCCUGCUGGACUAUAUGAUUGAAAUCUCCGAGAGCAAUCCGGACUUCAGUGAGGAGGACAUUGUCAACGAGGCGUGCACCUUUAUGUUGGCCGGCCAGGACUCUGUGGGCGCCGCCGUUGCCUUUACCAUUUUCCUGCUCGCCCAGAACGCGGACUCGCAGGAGCAGUGCCACGAGGAGCUGGAGCGCAUCUUCGACUACAGCAAUCGUGCGCCCACGAUGAGCGACCUUCGUGAGAUGCGCUACUUGGAGAUGUGCAUCAAGGAGGCGUUGCGUCUGUAUCCCAGCGUGCCGCUCAUUGCCCGCAAGCUGGGCGAGGAGGUGCGUCUGGGCGCGUACACAUUGCCGGCGGGCAGCAACAUCUUCAUCUGCCCGUAUGCCACACAUCGACUGGCGCACAUCUACCCCGAGCCGGAGAAGUUCAAGCCGGAGCGCUUCAGCACCGACAACGUGGAGCAGCGGCAUCCAUAUGCCUUCAUACCGUUCAGCGCCGGACCGCGCUACUGCAUCGGCAAUCGCUUUGCCAUACUGGAGAUCAAGACAAUUGUAUCCCGCCUUCUGCGCAGCUAUCAGCUCUUGCCUGUGCCCGGCAAGACCACAUUCGAGGCCACGUUUCGCAUAACUCUACGCGCCUCGGGCGGGCUCUGGGUGCGGCUUAAGCCGCGCCAGCAACACCCCGAAGCAGUCUAGUGGAGGGCAAUUAGUGUAGGAAACGAGGCCAAGGCAGCUGCAGCCCGAGACAUCAGUGAAAGUUGCAAAGUUUUUAUAAAAUUCCUAAAAUGUGACGCAUCAUUUAGCCCAGUGAGAAGCGUAAAAAAUGGAAGCGAGAAACAUAGCCAAGCGCUUCUUUAUUUACCCUUACCUUCAGUCCUUUACAUUAUCCAAAAUGCCAGACAAAGAAUGUUGGGUGUAGAAGCAAGAAGCGUAGCGAUAAGUAAAAUCAAAGGCCAAGCAAAAAAGAGACAAUAAUUAGCUUGCCAUACUUCUCUCAACGCUUCUCGCUGCUACUUUAGCUUAGCUUUACUUUACUUCAAAAAAUAUUAGAAUUAAUUAUCACUUUGUCAGAGAAGCGAAGGAAGAAUCAAUGCUUAAAAAAGCCUAAGCAGCAUGCACUUCUCUCAAUGCUUCUCGCUUUCAUUGUAACAAGGGAAAAUAUUCAGAAUAAGCUAGUGCAAU